AUGGAUGAAGUUUUGAUAACUAUGCUGCUUGGAAGUUUUGCUUUAUCUGCAAACUGCUGUACAAGUCCAUUUGCGGGAGAUCAGUGCCAAUAUGAGUAUAAACUUUACAAACACGGUGAUCUAACCAGACCAGAGGCAAUUUCCCGCUGUUCAUCAGAAUUUGGUGGUGUUCUUGCUAAAGUGGACAAUGCAGUUGACAGCGCAUCUCUGCAGGUGAUCUUCAAUGCAAAUAGUAUGAGUUCUAGAAAGGCCUGGAUUGGUGCGGAACGGACAUCGGGAGGCAGCUGGGGCCAAUGGUAUCAUGAUGGAUCUCCAUUAACUUGGACUUAUUGGGAUUCCUCCCCUGAUAGCAGUUACAAAGUUUACGUGGAUGGUGGGAACAUGAGAUGGAGAGACGAGGACGCCGAUAAAACUGUUGAAGAUGUAGCUUGUAUGAUAGUUCAUGAUGAAACAACUGUACAAACAACCGAGCCAACAACUGUGCAAACCACCGAGCCAACAACUGUACAAACAACCGAGCCAACAACUGUACAAACAACCGGGCCAACAACUGUGCAAACAACCGAGCCAACAACUGUGCAAGCAACCGAACCAACCACCGAGCAGCCUUGCGUCCAGCAAAACAUAGAUACUCUGUCAUAUGCUUUAAAGAUGGAAAAUAAAGCGGUGAAUAAUCUCACAAAUGCCAUUGGUGGAGAAUUCACCACUCGGUCAAAGUUAGAAUGUGCAACGAAAUGUUUGAAAGUUCCAAAUUGUAGCUGCGAAGCUUUUAUAUUUAACAAAUCUGAUAAAUCGUGCACACUGUUAGAGUCUAAGAUUCCAGAAAAGAAAGAAGAUAUUGUGUAUGUAUAG